GGGUCGGGUCCCGUCUAAGGAUAAAGUUGUAAAUUAAACAAAUUAGGGUUUUUCUGAGCAAUCCCAUUUAUAACGUUACUGCCUCUUUUGUUUUCCAUUUGUCAUCUCUUUUAGCGAAAAAAAAAAAAAAAACUAAUUUGAAGACCCAAUCAUGCCGAAGCAGAUCCACGAGAUCAAGGAUUUCCUUCUGACAGCAAGGAGGAAGGAUGCACGAUCUGUGAAGAUCAAGAAGAACAAGGAUAUGGUUAAGUUCAAGGUUCGUUGCUCCAAGUACCUCUACACACUCUGUGUGUCUGACUUUGAGAAGGCCGACAAGUUGAAACAGUCACUUCCUCCAGGUUUGAGCGUGCAAGACCUUUGAAGAUGGAAGAGUUAAUGUGUUUUUCCCCCCUUAGAUUGAUUAGAUACUCGAGAAUUCGAAGAACUUGUGUUCCUUUACCCUUUUCUUGUCCUGUUGAAUAUCUUAAGUUUUGUUCAUUUUAGGUAUUCAAUUAUCCGCUUUGACUUUAUUUUGAAUGGUGUUGAGAAGGAAUUCUUGGUGUUUGGAUGUCAAAAAUUUGGUUAAUUCGCCUGAA